CAACAGAAACAAAUUCCUUCUGUUUAUAUACAUACACUUCUCUCUGUCUCCAUUGUUCUUCCCCCGCCCCUCCAUUCUCAGCAAGAAUCUGUCGUGGAAGACAGCCAGCCCAGAAGAAUCCAUCUUUCCGUUGUCUUGAAAUUGAUUGAAUGAGUGAAAUUCUCUUUCUCUUUUCGGGCUGUUGAUUGACAGAAAAAAAAAAAGGGUUUUUUGAAAUGUCUUUCAUGUACGCGUUCUUCAUCCCUGAAGAAAACAAGGUGGAAGAAGGCGAGUGGGAAAAAGAGAGAUAGAGAAAAACAGAGAUAUAGUUUUCCUUUUUUUCUUGAAUUUCUUCUCUUGGGGUUUAGCCUAAGAGGGAUUUUGAGCUAGGCCCGAUUGAUUCUGUUUAUAUUCAAGAUCAGUGCUUUAAUACACAGAAAUCUCUGUCAUCUUCUUCUUCAUCUGGGAUGUCAGCUACUGUAGUUAAUGAUGCCAUGGUGAUAACUCCCGGGACUGACGGGCCCGUAAAUAAACAACUUCCGGCCCAAAAUGAGGUGGACUUUGUGAAAUGCGACUGCUGCGGGCUUACCGAAGAAUGCACCCCUUCAUACAUAGAGACAAUUCGAGAGAGAUACGGCGGUAAAUGGAUUUGCGGGCUUUGUGCGGAGGCUGUGAAAGACGAAGUCUUGCGUUGUCAAACGCUGAUAAGCCCGGAUGAAGCUAUGGCCCGGCAUUUGAGCUUCUGCAGCAAGUUUCGGGCCUCAGGGCCGCCCCAGGAUCCCACUGUGCAUUUGAUUCGGGCCAUGAGGCAGAUCCUGAGGAAGAGUUUCGAGAGCCCGAAGUCUCUCAGGUCAAUGCCGAGCAGUCCGAUCACUAAAAGAGAGAAUCUCAACAUGAAGGGCGCCGUGCUAACUCGGUCGGAGAGCUGUAUUCCAACUUUAACCCUGGUCGAGGCCACGGUGUAUUGUGGGGUGGAGGAAGGUUGUGAAUGAGGAUGGAGGAGAAUUUCGUAAAUCUGCACAUUGAUGAAAGAAAUUAAGGGACAAAAAAUGAGAAAAAUCGAAAAAUAUCAAGAACCCUAGCAAGUAAUUUUGGUUAUAUGUUGGAUAAUUGUAAAGAAAUUAUUUUGUGUUAUGGAACGAAAAAUAAAAUACUAGUUCUAGAGCUUGUUGCAAAAA